AUGGCUCCAGGUGCAGGAGAUAGAUCUCUGGAAGAAACUCCCACAUGGGCUGUGGCCAUUGUUUGUGCAGUUUUUGUUAUCAUUUCUGUCAUUAUAGAACAUGGAAUCCACUCCCUUGCAAAGUGGUUUCAGAAACGUGAUAACAAGGCCAUGAUCGAGGCAUUGGAAAAAAUCAAAGCAGAACUGAUGCUGCUAGGGUUCAUAUCUUUACUUUUGACAUUUGGUACAACCUAUAUUGCCAAAAUAUGUGUGCCUAAACAUAUUGGAGAUCAAUGGCAUCCAUGUGAUAAAAAGGACAAGGGAGAUGGUGACGAUGACGGCGAUGAAGAUAGUGAAGGAAAAGAUGGGCAUCGAAAAUUAUUGUCUUAUGCUGGAGAAAUUGUUUGGCGUCGAGCUUUGGCAGCAGGAACGGAUGAAACCGAUACCUGUGCCAGUAAGGGGAAGGUAUCGUUAAUAUCAUACUCAGGAGUGCACCAACUGCAUAUUUUUAUAUUUGUUCUGGCAGUUAUGCAUGUUCUAUACAGUGUCAUUCUCAUGAGUUUGGGCUAUGCCAAAAUGAAGAAGUGGAAGGCAUGGGAAUUGGAAACAACCUCCUUGGAAUAUGAAUUCACAAAUGACCCUGCUAGAUUUAGAUUUGCUCAUCAAACAUCCUUUGUGAGGCGACACGGUGGGAUCAACAACACACCUGGGAUUAGAUGGAUUGUAGCAUUUUUCAGACAAUUUCUUGGAUCAAUAUCCAAAGUAGAUUAUAUGACCAUUCGCAAUGGAUUUAUCAAUGCUCAUUUUGCACCAAAUAGCAAAUUUGACUUCCACAAGUACAUAAAGAGAUCCAUGGAAGAUGACUACAAAAGUGUUUUGGGAAUAAGUGCUCCGUUAUGGUUGUUUGCUGUUACGUUUUUGUUCUUCAACUUUUACAAAUGGCAUACACUCACCUGGCUCUCAUUGAUUCCUCUGAUUAUAAUCGUAUUAGUUGAUACAAAAUUGGAGCUUGUGAUAAUGGAGAUGGCUCAACAAAUUCAAGAUCGGACGACUGUGGUUAGAGGGGCUCCAUUAGUGGAGCCCACUAACAACUUCUUUUGGUUCAACCGACCACAGUGGAUUCUCUUCCUCAUACAUUUCACCCUAUUUAUGAAUGCAUUCCAAAUGGCAUAUUUCUUGUGGAAAUGGUAUGAGUUUGGAAUCACAAAAUGUUUCCAUGAGGAACUCUAUGCAGUUUUGAUUAGAGUUUCCUUAGGGGUAGCCCUUCAAAUUCUGUGCAGCUACAUUACAUUCCCACUUUAUUCCCUCGUAACGCAGAUGGGAUCGCAUAUGAAGAAAACAAUCUUCGAGGAGCAGACGGCCAAAGCUCUCAAGAAAUGGCAUCAGGCUGCAAAAAAGAAGAAGAAGAUGCGCGAAUCAGGCAAAGGAAACGACGAUGCUUCUUCUCAUGGAGCAGGAUUCAUGAGUGGCGAAGCAACUCCAAGCCCGGGAUUUUCACCCAUUCAUUUGCUCCACAACCACAAGUACAGAUCAAACGCACCAGAUAGCGAAAGUAUUCCCAAUUCUCCGACUUCUUAUAUUUCCGAAACAGAGAUUUCAGAACUCGAGGCUUCCAUUCGUGGCCGGGAGGAGUGGAGACAACCUCAUCAUAUGUCAGAAACAAAUGGGGAGUCUCAUAGUAUUGAUUUUUCCUUCAAUAAGUCUUAG